UCUGUGUGUCAGUUUGCUGUGGGAAAUAAGAGAAAGUGUGUGAGGCAAUCCUAUGCACGAGAGUGGGUAAUCCGCAAACGUUCUGUUUUAUCAUCUGAAUUGAAACGGCUUAUAUCUAAAUUGUUGCAGAUUUAAUUUGGCUUUACACUGGCACGUGAAACCGCGCCUCUUUUUCAAGCGCUGAGUUCUCCGAAGUGUGUUGUGCGUCUGUUGUAAUCUGACAGCUAAGAGUCUCGUCUAGCAACGUUGUCUCUGGUAGACUUUGUUAAGAAUACAAACAUUACUUGGAGUAUUGUUUAUUAUAAUUUAUGCACAAAAUGGCGGAAGGUUGGAAGGAGAGUGGACUUGAUGGAUCUGAGUUACUUGAGCCUGAGCCACUUGGUGAUUCCCACAAAGCUUGGGACGCAACGGAGGAAGACUUGGAAACUGUUGCAGCAGCGGUGGCCAGCGGAAAGGGCAGGAGGAGGCGAAGCGCCGUUUCAGCGGCUGGAGAUCGUUUCAGUCCCGGGGGAUCUACGUCUUUGGGAGCUACAGGAGAUGUAGAAGCUUGUCUCAUUGAGGCUGCCAAAGCGACACCCCGUAGGAGUAGCAUCAUUAAGGAUUCUACAAAACAGAAGCAGGAACAAAAGAAAACUGUAUCAUUCAGUAGCAUACCUUCAGAAAGAAAAAUUAACAAUGCCAGUGACUGUAUCAGUUUCAUGCAAGCUGGCUGUGAGCUGAAGAAAAUACGUUCAAAUACUCGAAUCUAUAGUCGCUUUUUUACUUUAGACCUUGACCUUCACGCUUUGCAUUGGGAACCUUCCAAGAAAGAUCCGGAAAAGGCUAAACUUGAAAUUUCUUCUCUUAAAGAGAUCAGAGUUGGAAAAAACACAGAAACUUUCAGAAGUUGUGCAGUUGUGGAUCAGAUUUGUGAAGACUGUUCCUUCUCCUUAAUAUAUGGAGAAAACUAUGAGUCUUUGGAUUUAGUAGCCAGUUCUGCAGAUGUUGCCAAUAUCUGGGUUACAGGCCUCCGUUACGUCACUUCACAUAAUAAGCAAAUUUUGAAUUUGAUAGACGGGAACCAAAAUACACUAAGAACCACAUGGCUUCAUUCAGUGUUCGAUCAAAAUAUUCUGGGUCGUAAUGGAAUUAUGUUGGAAGAUGAAGCUGUGAAGUUGAUAAUGCAACUCAGUCAAGGUCUGAAAGAAUCGAAAGUCAGAAUUAAGUUUAGAGAGCUCCAAAAUGAUAAAGGGAAACUAGCCAGUUGGGUAACCAAGGAGGAGUUUACUGACAUUUACUAUGAUCUUUGCACUAGGCCUGAGGUAUAUUUCUUGCUUGUGCAAAUUUCUCGGAAUAAAGAGUUUCUGGAUGCCAAAGACUUGAUGUUUUUUUUAGAAACUGAACAAGGAAUGAUAAAUGCAACUGAAGAAAUGUGCCUUGAUCUUAUACGGAGGUAUGAGCCUUCAAAGCAAGGCCAGCUGAAUGGUAAUCUCAGUAUUGAUGGCUUUACUCGGUACCUGAUAUCACCAGAAUGCAAUAUAUUUGAUCCAGAGCACAAUAAAGUCUGUCAAGAUAUGACACAGCCUCUGUCCCAUUACUAUAUCAAUGCAUCUCACAACACCUAUGUUGCAGAAAACACCAGUAGAAGCCCUUCUGAUCUGCUUGGGUAUGUUAGGGCUUUAAAGUUGGGCUGCAGAUGCAUUGAACUUGAUGUAUACGAUGGUCCAAAUGAGCCAGUUGUCAGUAAACGCAACAAUGUGACCUCACCAAUCAGCUUCAGUAAUGUCAUUAAAGUAAUUAAUCAGUAUGCCUUUGUAGCUUCAGAGUACCCUUUGAUUAUGUGUUUGCGAAAUCACUGCUCAGUAGGGCAACAAAAAAUCAUGGCACAAAAACUGAAAAUGAUCCUUGGAAAUAAAAUAUUUACAGAACCACCAAAUUCAACACAAAGCUACCUCCCAUCACCUGAGAAGUUGAAGGGGAAAAUUAUCUUGAAGGGAAAGAAGUUGCCACAAAACUUUGACUUGUCCGAAGGUGAUGUGACAGAUGAAGAUGAAGAAACAGAAGGUUCCCGAAGUUUAACAGAUACAUUUUUUGUUAGUAAGCGAACCAUUCAUCUUUGUAGGGAGUUGUCUGAUUUGGUUACUCUAUGUAAAACUGUACAAUUCAGCAGUUUUCAUAAUUCAAUGGAGAAGCAGAAAUACUGGGAAAUGUGCAAUUUCAGUGAACCUGAAGCACGUACAUUGGCAAAUGAAUAUCCAGAUGACUUUGUGAACUACAAUAAGAGAUUUCUGUCACGAGUGUAUCCUAGCCAUUUGGGUUUAGAGUCAAGCAACUUGAAUCCACAGGAAUUCUGGAAUUGUGGCUGCCAACUUGUAACCAUCAACUAUCAGACUCCUGGUCCAAUGUUGGAUCUUAAUAUCGGUUGGUUUCGACAGAAUGGGUGUUGUGGAUAUGUCCUACGGCCUGCAGUUAUGCGUGAUGAGGUGUCCUAUUUCAAUGCGUACCUUAAAGGAAUAGUUCCAGGAUCCUUACCUCAGGUUCUACAUAUCAAAGUUAUUAGUGGUCAGAUGUUUCCAAAGCCUAGAGGUUCUGGUACAAAAGGAGAUGUCAUCGAUCCAUAUGUGUAUGUAGAAAUUCGUGGCAUUCCUGCAGAUUGUGCAGAAGUGAGGACAAAGACUGUUCACCUGAAUGGAGAGAAUCCUAUUUUUGAUGAAAGUUUUGAAUUUGAAAUCAACCUGCCUGAGCUUGUAACAGUUCGAUUUGUUGUUUUAGAUGACGACUACAUUGGGGAUGAAUUUAUUGGCCAGUACACUAUCCCAUAUGAGUGCUUACAGUCUGGUUAUCGACAUAUUCCUUUACAUUCAUUCACUGGGGAAGAAAUUGAACUCGCUACGCUUUUUAUUCACAUUGCAAUAACAGACCGAAGAGGUGGUGGAAAGGCUCACAGGCGUGGAUAUUCUGUCAGAAAGGGGAAGAACACAAUAAAAUACACAAUGCUAAGGAAUACUGGGAUCAAGGUUAUUGAUGAUACGUUCAAAAUUGCAGGCCAACCAUUACGAGAAGCUGCAGAUAUCAGAGAAAAUGUGCAGAAUGCCAUAGUAUCCUUUAAGGAAAUAUGUGCCUUAGCUCCUACUGCCAAUCUGACUCAAUGCAUACUGACUAUGUCAUCAAGAUUACUGAACAAUGUCAACACUUCUGCAGUAACACUCAGCAUGCAGGACCACUAUCCCUAUUUGGAACCAAUGGAAACGCUAUCAGAUGCACAAAAGAAGGUUCUGUCAUCGUAUGACCUGGUAAUACAUGAAGCAAGGUACCUGAUUGAUGUUGCUGAUACUUUAUAUGACAAGAUCAUGCAGUGUUGGAAGUCAGGACUUGAAUUUCAUAGAGGAGUACACCAGUUAGCGAAAAAGGAGGGUUUGAAGGGAGCCAAGAUAAGUAAAGCACUGGAAAAUUUUGCAUGGAAUAUCACCGUAUUGAAGGGCCAAGGGGACUUACUGAAAAAUGCUAAGAAUGAGGCCAUGGAAAACAUGAAGCAAAUCCAAACUGCAUGUAUAUCAUGUGGACUGAGCAAGUCAACAAGUGAAAGGGCACGGUUGAAAUCCAAAUAGUCUUCAGGAAAUACAGGAAAAUGAAAAUGGAAAAUUGAAUGAAACUCUGAUAAUUCCAAGACCAGCCCCAGUAGCUUGAUAAUGGAGUCAAAAUUACUGCUUGUAGUUAACCAUCAAUUUAUUUCCAUGGAUGAUAUUGAAGAUACUAACAAAGCCUUUAGAAAGAACAAGACUUACUAUUUAAAACGACAAAUUUUAUGGCAUAUACCACAAUAAAAUAAUUCAAGGAAAAAUAUAUUAAAGUGAUAUUUCUGACAUUCUUGUAACCACCUUUGAACUUGAAUUUAUAGCUCAUUUACAAGAAAGGAUGAGAACAGGAACUGACAAAAUCACAAUUGGCAUGCUCUUUUCUUCACACUUUUCAUUGUUAGUUAUGCGUGUACUAGUUUUUUAAAUACAUUUUAAUAUGAAAAAAAGUAUUCCACUGUACAUUUUGGUUAUGCAUUGCAGUAUUUUCCUGUUGUGUGGUUAUUGUAUGUAAACACUGCUUUUAUUUAAAACAUCUGUUCGUACAUGUAUUGAGGACUUAUUUCAAAAUUAUAUUCUGAAGUGUCCUACUCACUCACUCUGUACACAGUUGAGGAACAUAGUCAAGCCUGGAUCCUGUAAUCAUAAAACAUCAAACAUGAAAGAAAAGUUUACCAAAGUAGAGCCAAAAGCAUUGUUUAUAGAUUAACUCCUGAGGAAUAUAGAUUACCACUUUGUGACAAACACAAAUUGUAACUAGAUUAAAAUUUUCAGUCGUUUUGCUGAAAUUGAAGAGAAAACCAAUAUUCUACAUUGCUGUGCGUCCUCUCAGUUUUCAGCUGCUUAGCCACGCUGCAAAAUUUGCAUAUCCAUCAGUGUCUUACCAAUUUUUUCAGUGACUACUGAAUGAGACAGGAACCAAAAUGAUCUUUGAUUGGUACUGGAUUACUCAUUGUCAUGCAAUGUCUUGGAUUGGUAAAAGUAUUUCCACUGUCCAGUUACUCUUUCUAGAAAUAGGUGAGGUCUAUUUGUGGGAAUUGGCUGAGGCAGAAAGAAAUUUCCAUAAAUGUCUUCAAGGAUAGAGAGGAAAGAAUGAAAUUCAACAUGGAAAAUAAAUUGCACAAGCUGUUUUUUGCAAAUGUCCGAUACAAAAUGGAUAUGUGCAAAAGUCAACCUUGCACUUGCAUGUGAAAUUUCAAAGUAAUCUUUUUCCUUGGAAGAGUGAGUGUCUAUUCAGUCAAAACAGGAUAAAGUUAGGGAAUGGCUGAACUAAAAUCUGUAGGUUCCAAGUGAGAUGAAUACACGUCAGAAAGGCUUUCCCACAGAUGCCGUACUAAUUGAGCUCUAGGCUUGAUAAUCAGAGCUUUCCAGUUGUGCUUCUUUGGAACAGUGUGUUCCAAUUUUGGUUAUGUUGCCUGGUAGAAUCGGGGAAAGUGGCUUCCCUGUGCUAUCCAACAGCAACAAUAACCUUCACAUUGUUGUUAUUGCCAUUUGUGAUGGUCUUAUGGGGCUAAUCUUCAUUUCUUCCUUAAAUAAGUAGCAAUGCUGGAGUCAAGCUGAACAUACAAGGCAGACAAUUUGUGGAAUGGGAGUAAAUGGGACAACCAAAUGAUGUCAUACUGGAAAAAGUGUUCCGGUGCAUCCAGCCAGUCUCACACAAUGCGAUGCCUUGUGCUUCAUGUAUAGAUUCUGUCCAAUAUGUGAUCACCUAAAAGAAAUAAAUUAAAACAGAUAAGACCAGGCAAACUUGAAGGAAAAGGUCGGGGAAGUUUAUUUCUAACAAAUGUACGUUCAUCCGCCCUAUUCCCACCUCCUUAGCUGCUUUGGCAUUUAAACUAAUUCAGGGUAUUUCUCUGCUCCCGACAAUAUCGUGCAGUGCCUACCUUCUACAUGGGACGACUUCCACCCCAGCCAGAAACAGCCCUUGGUUAAAGGAGUUCCAUGAAGCAAUGACAGACUGCUCCAGGGGGCCACUAUUUGCGUUGGGUAAAAGAAUCUAGUAUUUUUUCUCUUUAAAGCUGUUUUCUGGAUUUCAUUGUGAGAGGUGAAGAAAACUCAAGCAGUUAGUAGACAGUUAACAAAGAAAUUUUUGAAAGAUUCUUAUUUGGUCAUUUCCAUGGUAUAUUUCACUCUUUUUUUUACAAAACAGCCGUCUUUGGAUUUCUGUUCUUCAGAGGACAGGUGCAGUGUUUUGGUAUAGUCAAAAAUGAGAUCAAUUGAUUUUUGACGAUUGAAGAAAUCGAGUGAUUAUGGAGGGAGAGUGUGUAAGUGACAUCGAGGUUGAGCAUUAGGCAAGAUCUUACUGAAAGAUGGAGCAGACUUGAGAAACAUUGUAUCUUACUCCUCCUAGUUCUUAUGACCCUAAAUCUAGCCCAUAUUCAAAUAAACAUCUUUGAUCUGGGCUGAAAAUCUUCAUUAAGUUUAUUAAGGUGCUGUCUUUGAGUAAACGACAUUCAAGAAUCACUGUCCAGUCACUAUUACAAAUAUGUUGGACUUUUGCACCUAUUUGAUAAUAUAACUUUUGUUUCUUCAAUAUGAUACACCUCGUGUUUUUCAUCAAUAUCCAUGUAAAAGUUCAUUAUUCUUGUUACAGUGUCGGGCUUACAUAUUGCAGUCUAGGUUGAUCCUUUGUAUACUGACUAUAUUCCAAAAUUAUGUAUAUAUUCUAUCAACAUCCAUUUUGUAAAUUUAAUUAUUGUUAUUGACAAAGUCAAAUAUGCAGUUAUAAGAUUUGU